UACUUCCCUCCGAAGCAAGACUGAAAUCAAUGGCGGGUUCAGAAUCAGCACCACCACAAGCAGAACCAGAAAUCGAAAACCAACUCUCUUCUCUCAUCUACGAGAUAUCGAAUGAAGCUCAAGGAAUAAUGGAGAACAUGCUUAAGAUGAGCGCCGAGAUUAAUCAAAAUUCUGUAACUAUAGAUGAGGAGAUAGAGAAAUGUAAAUCUUCUGCUGUCGAGCGGAAAACAGCUUUAGAUGAAGAGAAAAAUCACUUUCAAAAAGCUGCUUAUGCUGUUCUCGACAUGCUUAACUGAGAUUAAAAGUCCCCUAGGGUUGCUUGGAAGUGCUUGAUGAUAAUGAACGUU